GUGAGGGGGCGGGGCCUCGCCGCAGCUACUUCUCUGCCGAAGCUCCUUGUUUUAUUUAGGGAGUUUCCGGGUGUGAAACUGAGCUUUAACCCGCUAGCGGAGGGUCGGAGCCGGCCCGGACCAGCAGAACCCGCCCUAACAGACCCGCCCGAGCGGGUUAUAGAGCCGGGGGAGUUAGGGGGACCCGGGGGGAGUCGGGGCGGAGGCCAAGCUCAGCUCAGCCGCCUGCAUGUGUCCCAUGCAGCCUCGUUAGCUUUUAGCUCUUAGCUUCAGCCGGAGCCAUGAACCACAAGAGCAAGAAGCGGAUCCGCGAGGCGAAGCGCAGCGCCCGGCCGGAGCUCAAGGACUCGCUGGACUGGAUCCGACACGGCUACUGCGACGCCUUCGACCUGUCGCACCGCGCCGUGAAGGACAACGUGGAGCGCGUUGACGCCCGUCGCCUGAGUCCCGAGGAUUUCAUCCGGCGCUUCGAGCGUCCGUACAAGCCGGUGGUUCUGCAGGGCUGCCAGGAGGUCUGGCCCGCCCGGGAGAAGUGGACGCUGGAGCGCCUCAAGCGCAAGUACCGCAACCAGAGGUUCAAGUGCGGCGAGGACAACGACGGCUACUCCGUGAAGAUGAAGAUGAAGUACUACGUGGAGUACCUGGAGUCCACCAAGGACGACAGCCCGCUCUACAUCUUCGACAGCAGCUACGGCGAACACGCCAAGCGCCGCAAGCUGCUGGAGGACUACGAGGUGCCCCUCUUCUUCAGGGACGACCUGUUCCAGUUCGCCGGGGAGAAACGCAGGCCGCCGUACAGGUGGUUCGUGAUGGGCCCGGCCCGCUCCGGCACCGGCAUCCACAUCGACCCGCUGGGCACCAGCGCCUGGAACGCGCUGGUCCAGGGCCACAAGCGCUGGUGCCUGUUCCCCACCAGCACGCCGCGGGAGCUCAUCAAGGUGACCCGGGAGGACGGGGGGAACCAGCAGGACGAGGCCAUCACCUGGUUCAGCGUGGUCUACCCCCGGACCCAGCAGCCCACCUGGCCCCCCGAGUUCCGCCCGCUGGAGAUCCUGCAGCGGCCCGGCGAGACCGUCUUCGUCCCGGGUGGCUGGUGGCACGUGGUGCUCAACCUGGACACGGCCAUCGCCGUGACCCAGAACUUCGCCAGCACCACCAACUUCCCCAUCGUCUGGCACAAAACCGUCCGCGGCCGACCCAAGCUGUCCAGGAAGUGGUACCGGGUCCUGAAGCAGGAGCGGCCCGACCUGGCGGCGCUGGCCGACCAGGUGGACCUGCAGGAAUCCACCGGCAUCGCCUCGGACAGCUCCAGCGACUCCUCGUCCUCGUCCUCCUCCAGCUCCUCGGACUCAGACUCUGACGCGGAGUCGGCCCCCGAUGGCGACGCCGUGUCUCACCGCAGGAAGAAGCGUCGCACCUGCGGCCUGACGGCCAACGGAGACGCCGCCAGCCUGGACGACUGUAUCAGCAAAGAGCGGAGCUCGUCCCGGUGACCCGAGGCCCGGUCCCGGUCCGGCGGGGCCCCGGGCCAGGCCCGGUCCGGCAGGACUCCCGCUGCUGCUGCUGCUAUAGGUGAAGAAUACGCCGGGAGACCCGCCGGGCUCCACGCCAAUCAAUAAGAGGACCUGUGGGGGGGGAGUGGUACCGGUACCAGGACCGGAGGGAGUUCUGGAGCCCAGGGAGGACCCAGAGCUGCUGACCGGGGGGUUCGGGUCAACGGUUCGGGUCAACGGUUCCGGACGGGUCUCCACGGUGUCUCUGUGUCGCUGCCUUCAGAGCGGUUCUGCUGCUCAAGUUCCUGCGGGAACUUCUGUUUUCAAUAAAUCAAAAAUUAAA